AUGUAUAAAAAUUUACUGUGUUGCGACAGAUUUGUUGUGCUUCAGUGACUUUUAUGGCAUUUUCGUAUAGAAAUCUGUGUUAAUUCUACACCGAUUGUUAGGAAACCUCGACAGAAUGGUCUGCUGAUUUUGUUUUAAUUUCAUAACUAGCUGAUCAGUACCUAGGUGUGAUAUCAUUAUGCCUUUGUUUUAUUCUGUUGUUUCCCGGGGGACGACGGUGCUUGCAAAGCAUGCAUCUUGUGCUGGAAAUUUUGCUGAAGUUUCCCACCAGAUUCUGGGAAGAAUCCCUCCUGAAAAUGCCAAACUUACAUACACACAAUCAAGCUAUCUAUUUCACUACAUUUGUGAAGAUAGGGUAAUUUAUUUGUGUAUAACAGAUGAUAAUUUUGAGCGCUCAAAAGCAUUCCUAUUUUUGACUGAAAUUAAGAAAAGGUUUCAAAGAACCUAUCAAGGACGAGCUGACACUGCCCUACCUUUUGCAAUGAACAGCGAAUUUUCAAGAGUUUUAGCCUCAGAGAUGAAACGAUAUUCUGAAUCUGGAGAGAAGGAUGACAAUAUUGCGAGGGUGCAAGGUGAAAUAGAUGAACUGAAGGACAUUAUGGUGAAAAAUAUAGACACGAUAUCCCAGCGAGGUGAAAGGCUUGAACUCUUAAUUGACCGUUCAAGGGACCUGAACACAGCUUCAAUGACAUUCAAGAAAUCAAGCAAAACCUUGGCACGUGUUAUGUGGUGGAAAAAUGUGAAAAUGAUCAUCAUUAUCACGAUUGUAGUUAUAAUUAUCCUGUACUUCAUUAUCUCGGCAGCAUGUGGUGGAUUGGAUUGGAAGAAAUGUACAUAAAAACCAUGGAUUUACUCGGAUUAUUAAUUUCUAGACAUGCAAUUAUAUAAAAUCUAAAAAGUGCUGGUGACGACCAGCAAUGCACUGCAUAGGACAAAAUUAGUCUUUUGACGAGCUUCUGGUUGGGAUAUCUAAGAAACACCUCUUAAUUAUUGGAAAUUUUGGAAUUUUUUGCUAUUUUAAUACUUAAAGAGAAUAUGCGGUAUCACAAUCACUGAGAUCACUAUAGAGAGAUCUAUUUACGGUAUUCAAUACCGACAAUAUGCUACCAUGAAUUAUUAUACAAAAAUGCCUCAAAGUUUCAUCGUAACAGACUGAUGAUGAUAGCUAUAACAAAAUUGGUAGAAAGCUAAUGUUGAUGCACGGAGUCGCGGCCAGUCUUGUUUAGUAGUUUUUUCUCGCGUAAAUAUUGUGCAUAAUCGAUGAUUUUUAUACAUCAAUACAUACAUAUUGUUUUGUGGUAUACAGACAUACACUGCUAAUUAACCAAAUUCGUGCAAAUAAAUUUAAUUACU